UUGCAUUCUCGCAAGUUUUCGUUGAAAAAACUUAAAAAAAUACUAUCAUUUAUUUACGGAAAAUUACAAAAUUUUCCUGACUAAAAUGCGUGCCUUUACUUAAUUCGUGUUAAAAUAUUUGUUUUGUUUCUAUUUCAAUUUAUAAAGUGAUAUUUUUAUAAAAAUUACUACGAUUAAGUUAAAUGGUGUGAAUUUUGUACUUGAGAAGACUGAGAAACAAAAAAAUAAAAAAAGGAAAAAACACAAAACAAGCAAAUUUAAUAAAUAAAACAUGAUUUUAAGAAUGAAUACGAAGAGCAACUAUUAUUAACGUUGAAAAUAAAGUGUUUGUUGUUAGUGUAUUUGUUGAUGAUUUUGUAACGACGACAACAACAACCACAACAUAAGCAGCCGCAGCAGUAAUAAAACAUUCAAAUGUUUACAAAGGAUUAAAUGUUUAUUUACUAAGCCCUUUUAUAUUUAGAAAUUGAAAAAAGUGAGACAAAAGACCUACGACGAUAAAAACUAAGAUUUGAAUUUUUUAAGUUGCCACCAUGAAGUUUGCUGAGCAUUUAACGGCUCAUAUAACGCCGGAGUGGCGUAAACAGUAUAUUAACUAUGAGGAAAUGAAAGCCAUGCUUUAUAUGGCUGUAGAAGAAGCUCCCUCUGUUGAUAGUGUGGAAGAUGAAGUUUUGAAAAGGCAUUUUGCCAAUUUCGAUGAAAAUUUUUUCCAUUAUUGUGAUAAAGAAUUGAAAAAGAUCAAUACAUUCUAUUCGGAAAAAUUAGCCGAAGCUACACGUAAAUUUGCCACAUUAAAAGCAGAACUGAAAACUUGUAUCGAUGAGUCUGAACGCAGUGCAAAAAAGUCGAAAGCUUUAAAGAAAGCUGGCUUGCCACAUCGCAAGGCCCAAGAGUUAAAGCUCGCAUUCAGUGAAUUUUAUUUAAGUUUGAUUCUAUUACAAAACUAUCAAAAUCUUAAUCACACCGGCUUUCGUAAGAUUCUUAAGAAACAUGAUAAAUUGUUGCGUGUUGAUACUGGUGCUAAGUGGCGUCAGGAUCAUGUUGAAGCUUCACAUUUCUUCAUCAACAAGGAUAUCGAUAAUAUAAUCAAUGAAACAGAGACAACAGUUACCACAGAAUUGGAGGGUGGUGAUCGUCAACGUGCUAUGAAACGUUUACGGGUUCCUCCACUUGGCGAACAACAGAGUCCUUGGACAACAUUUAAAGUGGGAUUAUUUUCGGGAUCAUUUAUUGUUUUGGGUAUUGUGGUGGUAUUGUCGGCAAUUUUCCACGAUAUAAGUGGAGAAAAUCUAAAAGUUACGUUUCGUCUGUAUCGCGGUCCCCUGUUAAUAAUCGAGUUUAUAUUCCUGAUUGGUGUCAAUAUAUAUGGUUGGCGUUCUUCGGGUGUUAAUCAUGUACUUAUAUUUGAGUUAGAUCCAAGAAAUCAUUUAUCGGAACAGCAUCUUAUGGAAUUAGCAGCUAUUUUUGGUGUCAUUUGGACAUUAAGCAUGUUGAGUUUCCUUUACUCGGCCAGUUUAAGUAUUCCGGCGUUUAUAAAUCCUCUUACUUUAACCAUUAUUAUGGUGCUAUUUUUAAUAAAUCCCUUUCAUGUGCUGCAUCAUGAUGCACGGUUUUGGUUGUUAAGAAUAUCGGGUCGUAUGAUAGCAGCACCAUUCUUCCAUGUAGGAUUUGCUGAUUUCUGGCUGGGUGAUCAGUUGAAUUCCUUGGCCACAGCUUUAUUGGAUUUUGAGUACUUAAUAUGUUUCUACUUUACCAAUGGCAAUUGGUUUGAGGCUCGUGAUGCUUCAAUUUGCAUGGAAAAGGACUUUAUAAUUAGACCCAUAUUUAGUUGUCUACCAGCUUGGUUCCGUUUCGCUCAGUGCCUCCGACGUUAUCGUGAUACACGUGAAGCUUUUCCUCAUUUGGUAAAUGCGGGAAAAUAUUCUACCACUUUUAUGGUCGUAAUAUUUGCAACUUUAAAAAGCUUCAAUAGUCGUUAUUAUUCCAAUACAUUUGACAAUCCUUAUACAUGGUUGUGGAUUGUGGCUUCGGUGACAUCUUCUUGUUAUUCUUACACCUGGGAUAUAAAAAUGGAUUGGGGCUUGUUCGAUAAAAAUGCUGGCGAAAAUACUUUCUUAAGAGAAGAAAUUGUAUAUUCUUCAACUGGUUUCUAUUACUUUGCUAUAGUUGAAGAUUUAUUGUUGCGUUUCAGUUGGGCCUUGUCGUUUUAUGUAACCGAAAUGAAAUAUUUAAGCGGCGAUAUUAUGACUUCAAUAACUGGAAUUUUGGAAGUUUUCCGUCGCUUUGUUUGGAAUUUCUUCCGUCUGGAGAACGAACACUUGAACAAUUGCGGUAAGUUCAGAGCUGUGCGCGAUAUUUCUAUAGCUCCCAUAGACUCGUCAGACCAAACCCAAAUACUACGAAUGAUGGACGAACAUGAUGGUGUUAUUAAUCGCUACACAAAAACCAACCGUCCAAAACCCAAAAAAUCUAAAGACCCCGAGAAGAGAAGUCUUCUACAACCCCGUGGUUCCCUACAGGAUCUCACAAUCGACAUCGAUGGCACUAAAAAACUUUAAAGCGAAAAAAAGUCUAGCCAAAUAAUAAUAAUCACUUAAUAAUUUUAAUUUAUUUUAGUUCAAAACAGCAGUUAAGUUCAAUAGUUAAUUUUAAUUUGCCUUUAGUUUAAUUCCAAUUUUUCAUUUCCUUUAUUAUUGUCGAGUACUUAAAAGCCAUUAAGAAAAAGCAAAAAGACCUUUUUAAAAUGCCAUAAACUUAAAACGUAAUUUUUUUUAAGGCAGUAUUACUUAAAACCUAAACUAAACAAAUGAUCUUCCUCGUGUUUCCAAAUAUAAUUGAUGAUACCACAUUACAUUCCUAACGUUUAUAAAGAACAUUAAAAAUUAUAACCUUUAUUGUUUUUGUUUUUUUGUUUCUCCCAAAUUGUAUGUAUUUAGUAUAUUUUGUAUGUGUAAUUUGAUUUUGAUUUCUUUACUGUAAGUGCUAAAGUUAAUGUUUCUAUCUAUCAACAAGUUUUGUUACAAAACUUGGCUCGUUUUAUUGAUGAGCUCUAAAUUUACUUAUACAUAAUUAAUAUUAAUUAAAAUGAAAAACUAUAGUUUACAUUUACAAUAUAAAAAAAUAACUAAAUCGUGAGUAAUAUUAAGAAGGAAAACAAAAAUGUAAAAUAUAAAAUCAAUUUAAAGCAAAAAAAAAAAA